CAGGGGUGAAGUGGUUCCAACAUGUGCUUCCCUUCCUCAAGCUCCUGGACAUCAUGUUUAGGCCGAAUUUUGUAACGACAGGGUGGUUAUAUCUAGCGCUCUCAGCUCCUGAACACCAUGUUUAAUGCGAAUUUUUUAAAAAAGGCAGCGAUAUCCGGCGCUGUUCUUUCUAUUGCAGGUGCAGCAUUCUUCCAUCACAAAAUUCAAGCAAAUAUAGCAUCUCAACGCUAUUAUAAAGCAUCAGUUCAGUUACUAAGAGAUCAUCAACUUGCCUCAAAUACUCUUGGAGAACCUCUAAGAUUUACUUACAUGAAUCUCUCACGGAAAGAUAUCAUGAUUAACCAUGAUAUUGCUCAGGUGGUCAUACCAGUCAGAGGGAGUAAAGCUAAAGGAAAUCUUUACUCCUUUGCUACUAGAACAGAAGACAAUCAAUGGUUACUUGAAAGAGUGGAACUUGAUGUAAAUCAAGGACAACAGAGGAUUAAAAUUUGGCCAGAAAAUUAAUUGGAGAGCAAGCCAUAUUUUAUGCUGUGGCUUAAAUUAUUACCACUGGCAUUCUCCUGAGAGGAGGUGUAGGAAUUACCUGCCAAGAAAAUUGGUGUAAACAUUUGUUCCUUCUGUUGGAAAAUAAAUGGAAUCUGACACAGACUGCAACAUUGGUGACCAGAAGUGAAAAGAAAAUGGCAGAAAUGUUUAAGUCCUGCCAAGUUUAUUAAAUUAUGGAAUGUUAAAAUGCUGGCAUAGUAACAGGAAUAACUUCUAACUAACAACACAAAAUUCCUGUUGUUUUCAUUGUAAGCUACAUUUUAAGUACAUGUA